GGGGCCUGGAGGGGCGGGGGCGGGGCUUGCGCUCACUUCCGCCCGGCGCGGGCUUGGAUGGAGGCGGCGCGGAGGCCGCGGCUUGGGUUGAGCCGCCGGAGGCCGCCCCCGGCGGGCGGGCCUUCUGGCGGCCGCCCCUGGUUUCUCCUGGGGGGUGAUGAGCGGGAGCGGCUCUGGGCCGAGCUGCUGCGCACGGUGAGCCCGGAGCUGAUCCUGGAUCACGAGGUGCCUUCACUGCCCGCCUUCCCAGGACAGGAGCCCAGGUGCGGCCCGGAGCCCACUGAAGUCUUCACUGUCGGACCCAAGACCUUUUCCUGGACACCCUUUCCGCCGGACCUGUGGGGCCCGGGCCGUUCCUACCGGCUGCUUCGCGGGGCAGGAGGGCACCUGGAAUCCCCCGCCAGGUCCCUGCCCCAGCGCCCGGCACCUGAUCCCUGCAGGGCCCCCAGGGUGGAGCAGCAGCCGUCUGUGGAGGGUGCCGCGGCCCUGCGCAGCUGCCCCAUGUGCCAGAAGGAGUUCGCCCCCAGAAGCAAAAACAGCUCAGGAAUGCGAAGGGACCGGAGUCCAAAGUUGGCAGCCAACAACAACAACAACAAAAGAAAAGGCCAGGCGCGGUGGCUCACGCCUGUAAUCCCAGCCCUUUGGGAGGCUGAGGCAGAUGGGUUGCUGGAGCCCAGGAGUUUGAGACCAGCCUGGGCAACAUGGCAAGGUCCCAUCUUUACACGCCUGGGCGUGGUGGCGCGUGCCUGUGGUCCCAGCUACUCUGGAGGCUGAAGUAGGAGGAUUCCCUUGAGCCAGGAAUUGGAGGCUGUAGUGAAGUAUGAUUGCACCACUGCACUCCAGCCUGGGUGACAGAGUAAGACCCUGAAUCACGGACAGAGGGUACUGUUGGGAGCCCUGGGGAGAAAUCCAUGCUCUUGGCUGAAGCUCUGAGAUCCUUGUUGCUGUCAGGGUGCUGCCCCCCGCCCCCCGGGGAGGGGCUUUUGUCUUUGCAUCGCCUGCUUUUCCAGAUAGUCUAAAAAAAGACUUCUGAAGACGAGGACGUUCACGAGGAAAAACUUGCCAUUUUGAGCUUUUUAAGCCGUUGCUGAAAGCUUGGCAGACUGCCUCGAUUUUUCCUAAGUAGGCGUCAGUGAAGUCAGGUCCAGGCCUUGGUGUGUCUGGAAUGCUUCAAGCACAUUCAAACACUUGAUCGUAAGGGAGAGCCGGUACUUUGGAACUGGAACUCACCCGAGGCUGUGGCCACGGCAUGGGCAGGCUAGCUGGGGGACAAGCCCCAUAUCUUUGGGAACAAGGGUUUGCACAGCCACCCUGGGAUGCCCUGGGACUCCUGACCGCACAGGACCCCAGCAGGGAGGCCGCCUGGAUUGGAGGGUCUGGUCUAACAGCCGGACUUGGUCUUGAACCGUCGCCCUGUCCCGCACAGGCGCCUGCUGAGCCUGGAGCCCUGGCAGAGGCGGGUCUGGGGAGUGUGGAGCUGCUGGGAGGCCUCCCGUUUCUCACAGCCUUGGUGUUCUCCGGGUCACCCAGAGGACCGUCAAAUGCUGGAUUUGACAAACUAUGUAGAAAGUUCUUUGUGUCUUUAAGAUCUUCUUGUGGUCCUAUUUGGACAUUUUGUGCAUUUUCAGACACCUGCGGGUCACGUGGGUGGAUGGGAAGCUGGGCACCUGGUGGGGGGUGAGGAUGUUGAGAGCCGGAGCUGCGUUUUGUCUCUGUUGAUGUGGCGAGGCCCUGGGUUGGUCACUGGGAUUUUUUUUUUUUUUUUUUCGAGACGGUGUCUCGCUCUGUCGCCCAGGCUGGAGUGCAGUGGCAUGAUCUCGGCUCACCGCAACAUCUGCCUCCCGGGUUCAAGCGAUUCUCCUGCCUCAGUCUCCUGAGUAGCUGGGAUUACAGGCGCCACCACGCCUGGCUAAUUUUUGUAUUUUUAGUAGAGACAGGGUUUCACCAUGUUGGUCAGGCUGGUCUUGAACGGAUCUCAGGUGAUCCGCCCGUCUCGGCCUCCCAAAGUGCUGGGAUUACAGGCGUGAGCCACCGCGCCCGGCCGGUCGUUGGAAUUUUAACAGCCCUGAGGCCCCUCACGCUGCCAGGUGCCAGCCCAUCCUGCAGCCCUGCUCCCCUGCCCACACGCAGAAGCCACCAGAGGCUUCUGGACUGAGCCCCCACUGUCCUGCAGCCGGGCUGGCCUGUCCACACCGCAGGGCCUGCUCAGCUACUGAGCAGAAGCGUCACGGACAGGGCAGAUCAGGCCGGGACAAAGCUCUUCUGCCACAGGCGGGGGUCUGAAGGCAUCUCAGAGGGCCCCCAACCAAGGGACACUGCCUGGAAACCCCGGGACAAGAUGACCUCGGUUCAGAUCUUAGCACCUUCUGGCAACCUUAGAGAAAGCUUGUGGAGGGAGGGGCUGGUUCCCAGGAUGGGCAGAAGCCGGAAAGUCUCAGACUGAGUGACCCUCGGGGGCUUCAGAAGGCACUGGGUGGGCUCUGCCAGAGUGAGAAGGCAGCUGAUGGCUGCUGGAGCCAGCCCCGGGAGUGGGGGCCCAGCUAUGGUCUGGAGAGGGGACUUGAGGGUUGCAGUGGCCACACAGACGGGGCAGGAGCCACAGGAAAGGACACAGCAAAGCCCAAGGGUAAAACGGCGCGCCGUGGACUGGUCUGAGGGCAGAGGCUGUAGGGGAGCGAGGGGCGGUGUGGCUGACAGGUGGACACAGGGACACGUGUCCUGUGGACUUGGCCGCUCAGUGGGGGUGUGUCCCCCAGCAGUGGCGUGUGAGGGAUGGUCACUCUGAUGGGACACUGACCACUUGGCCUCCAGCAAGAUCUAGGCCCAAGUCUAGGCCGAAGCCGCCCACUCAGCCCCGGGACAUCGUCCCCGGCAGCUCUGCUGAGCACGCCAGCUCCGGCACUCUCUGGGAGUCAUGGCCGGAAGUCAACUGUCCUGGCUUCCAGGACCACACCUUGGCCAGGCCUGGUGAUGGUCAUUUCCAGCCGCUCCAGUUGGGCUGAUGGGGCCACAUGAGGCCGGGGAUAGAAGGUGGCUGCGCUCAGACACCCCUCCCGGCCCCACUGGAUGCCCAGGGCACUGACCUGCAGGACUCGGAUGGGUUU